CUCCGACCCGCACUCUCUCUCUCUCUCUCUCUCUCUCUCUCUCUCCAUAUUCUCAUAACCUUUCCUCGCAAGUAACAACCGUUCCCUCGCUUUUUCACAUUUCCCUUUCUGCCCUUUGUGGUUUGUUCGUUAUGGCUGAAAAUUUGGACGACGGUGAGUUUUGGCUUCCGCCGCAGUUUCUCGUCGACAACGACGACGACGGAACGGCCUCGUUCCCCUCGAACGAAGACUCGCUGUACCACUCUAGUGGCGACGAUUUUGUGUUUCCCUUCGGCUUCUCUACCGGGGCCGCUUCCUCUGACCUAAGCUCUCCCAUCAGUGGCUCCAGCGAGACCGAGAGCGACGAGGACGACCAUCUCCACCGAGUCGCCGAGUUGACUCACCAAGGCGGUUACGCAUCUGGUUCGCCACAAUCGACGCUAUGCGCCUUACGGUGCGGGAAGGGGUCGAGCGAGGGAAGUCCUAGCAGCGUUUGCAACCUCUGCUCCGCAAAGGCCACAUGGGAUCUCCUGCACGCGGCUGCAGGGGAAGUCGAAAGGAUGCGCCUCUCCCAACAACAACAACAACAGCAACCACAAUUACCAUCUUACCCCUACAACCCUUCCCCUUCCAUUCCCAACACAGCCGCCGGCGCCAAUUCGGACUUUUCUUUCUACACUCAGCAGGCACUCUCCCACCAGAAGCAGUUUCAAAUUGCACAAAUUCAGAUGCUGAGGCAGCAACACGAAUCAGUGUGGGGUGGUAAAGGUGUUUACCAACAGAGGCAGAGUAACCAAAUGGGAGCAAGAAACAGAGGAGGAAGAAGUGUUAGGCCACUUGGCUUGUCUCCAUCUGCAUGGCCUUCGUUACAUGCUGCCAAGAACCAGAACAAGCACCACAAGCACCAUAAUCAGCAGCAACAGCAGCAGUACGGUUCUGGAAUGAGGGCUGUGUUCCUCACCAACCCUUCCACUACCAGGGAAUGUGCUGGCACUGGCGUUUUCCUCCCCCGUCGUGUUGAUACCCCUGAAACCAAAAAGAAGCCAGCGUGUGCGACGGUGUUGGUUCCAGCUAGAGUGGCGCAAGCCCUAAAUCUGAAUGUUGAUGACAUGGUGGGGUGCCUGCCGCAUCGAUUCAAUUCCAGUUCAAACAUGGAAGAACAUGUUGUUAGUCCAAGGCUCAGAAGCAAUUAUGUCCAUACGUCUCAGCAGAAGCGCAACGUGAGGCCCCAGCACGCACUCAACAGUAACAAUGAAAUCAAGCUGCCGCAGGAGUGGACGUAUUGAAGUUAAAUUCAUAUUCAUCCCUUUUGUUUGUAUGGGGAAAAAUGGAAUAGUAAAUCACUUCUUUUGUUAUUUGGUUUUUCGAAUUAGAGGGAUAAAAUCUAGGGUAGGAAAUUGAAAGUGUUUAGAAGGGAAAUGUAGUGUAGUCUUCUUCUACAGG